AGUGAGUUUGAAAGUGCUUUAAUGCGUGCUAGUAAUGUGUCAUUUUGGGGCAUUUGGGUGAUUGAAAUUUCGCGCUUUCGGUCGAUUACGUCAUUCCAGACUUUCCGAGGUAGGGGAAUCCCCCUCAGGUACUCUCCCGAAACUGACAAGAAACAAGAUGGCGGCCAGGGGCAACAACGCGCCGCAACAGCUCUACAGUAUUUUGUUCAAAAUAGCUCGGGAUCUGGACAAAAAUGACGACUUAGAGGGCAUGAAGUUUCUUUGCACUGGUACAAUUGGUCACGGUGCACUUGAAGAGGUCGACACCCCCAUAAAGCUGUUCAGAGAGCUCACAAAAAUCGGGAGGAUCACAGAGACUGACUUCAGCUUCCUUGAAUACCUUCUGGGCGAACAUGGGAUCGGCCGUCAUGACCUCUUGGAUCUACUCACAACGCUUCGGAAUGAACAAAACACACAGCAGCUAGUAUCACCACAUCAGCCUUCCUCGGCAAACCAGUUUCAACAGUACCCAGAUCCUUCAGCAAGACCACCUCUUCCAAAUCUGCAGACUGCCCCAACUGUAGCACGGCCACCGAUAUCAUCCCCCCAACAUGCUGAUGCCCCAACAAGUCCUCAACAAAGUACGUCUACCCCAGGAACAGGCAGCCCACAUCCUGGACCCCUUGCCAGCCCUCCUACACCUCCACAUGACACCAUCCCUAAACAAGUCCCCAUACACGCCCCCACAACAGGUAUGUCAACUUACCAAACCCCUCCAAAACAGCUCCUAUGCCAUGGAGAAGUACAGUCGCACUUGGAGGGUAAACAGGCAACCACGCAUGAAAUGAGAGAACAAUGGGAGCAUGCUAGUGAAGCACAAAGAAGCGAGCAUGAAGAUAUCCCUACAUCUCCCAAACAGUUCCAAUUUGGCUCCGACACAGUGGGUAGUCUCGACAAAGCCCCCACAUUGACCGAGUUCCGUCAGCAAACCAGUGAUGCUACAGAAGCCUUACACAGGGCAAAGCAUCAACAGGAAGAAAUCCAGAAUGAAGAAAAGAUGACAAGUGUAGGAGAGAUCCAAGAACAGUUAGGCCAACUUCACCUUCCAGACACAGUAGGCAGCAUGGACAAGACCACCAGCCAUAUCGAGGUGCAGCAACAACUCCACGCAGCUCAACUUCCUGCAGUUCCUACUAGAAUCCACCAGGGGGCAUCGUUGAAUGAAGAAAAUGAUCUCGACCUGAUGGAGGUGAACAAAUGGUGGGAAGAGGAGCAAGCUGUAGCCUCCUCACAACAAGCUGGAAUACUUUCAAGAACACCACUACAGCAACAGUCUAACAACAGCAACACCCCCACCCAGUCUUCCCCUAGUACUACGCGUAAUCUCGAUGACGAUGUAGUUGAAGAUUCGCCAAGUGACAUGCAGGGUGUUAAAGAAGCUGCGUCUCCUCUAGAGUAUAGGACACUCCGCGACAUCCCCUACCAGAGCCCAAGUGGAAUCAGUAGCAACAUUGGCCAAUCUCCAGUCCUUGGUAGUGGCGACAAGACAGGAGAAGACCUGGAAGUUGACUCACCCACCAAGCUUGAAGACCUAGAGACAGGCCCGGUGGUUAGACCUAAGAUAAGGUCUGUGUCUACAUCUCCUGAGGCUACGAGAGCUACAAGUCCUAACUGGCAAGACGUGGCACAACAAGAUUUGCCAGAAGGGCAGAAUUCAGAAAAGGUAACUCUGAGAAAAUACCAGAAGGAGUUAGCAAGAUCUGCUCUUCUAGGGAAGAAUGUGAUCAUCACGUGUGCUACCGGCAGCGGUAAGACUCUAGUCAGCGCGCUGACGGCUAAAAAAGCCUGGAGCGAAGCUAAGGCAAAAGGUCUCCCCUUCAAGGCCUUGUUCAUCGUGCCUAUCAGAAACCUCACCAAGCAGCAGAAGGAUCAGUAUGAGAUGCUCUUCCCUCUGGGAGUGGUUCAAGAAAUCGGGGACACCGAAGAGCUCAGCGAAACCCUGAAGAAAAAAGAUAUCGUGAUGCUGACUGCACAGAUUGUUGUCAACUCCCUGAAGGCGGGGACGCUGGAUCUCACUGACCUUAAUCAGCUUAUCCUUGACGAGUGUCAUCACACCACCCUGGACCAUCCCUACAACCAGAUCAUGCGCUACUAUCUCAUGAGGAAGGAUGAGCUCAAGAUGAGCAAUCCUCAGCAGAAGAGGUUACCUCAGAUCAUCGGCCUGACUGCAUCCCUCGGCGCAGGGGAAUCGGGGAACGCUCUGCAGCACCUGAUUAAGCUCUGCGCCAGCCUAGAUGCCAGCCGCGUGGACCACGUGAAGGAGAACCGUGGAGAGCUGCGCAGACACGUCUUCACUCCAGACGCCAUCCACAUCCUGUCGGGCCAGCCGCGCAGGCCGCACGACCCGUUCAGCACAGCGCUGGACAGCCUGAUGCAGAGACUGGAGAGUAGGGUGUUCACGGACACGUGUCCGUACGACCGCGGGACGCAGCAGUGCGAGAGCUGGAUCGUGGAGAGGAAGAAGGAGGCUCAGGCUAUGUCUGCGAGAAAGAAACUGAUUGUGUCAAAGUACCUUUUCAACUUUAACAGGGCACUGAGGAUGUAUUCUAAACUGCGAGCAGUGGACGCUAUACAGUACCUCGAUGAGAAGAUCUACCAGUCCCGCGAAGGGUUGAAGGACCCGCCCAAGCUUCCAACAGAGAAGUUCUGCUACCAACAGUAUGACGAGAUCAGGGAUGAGCUGUGUGUGUAUGCGGAGGAAGAGGAGACCAAGUUUCCCAACCCCAUGCUGCAGCAACUCAGGAGCCUACUCAUACAGAAGUUCAACGAGGAAGAAUCCUAUGGUAUUGUGCUAACACAACAGCGCAGGGAGACAGAGGCUAUUAUCCAGUAUGUGGAGGAACAAGAGGUGCUACAUGGGAAGAUGCGUGCCAAGCGCCUGGUGGGGCAGGGAAAACUGGAGGACAAGGCCAUCACUGAUGCACAACAGAUGGCAGUGUUAAAAAGUUUUAGGAAAGGACUUUCAUCUGAGGAUGGCUGCAACCUGCUGGUGGCAACAGACGUGGCCCAGGAGGGUCUGGACAUGCCUAAGUGCAACUUUGUGAUCCGCUACGACUUUGUCUCCAACGAGAUCGGAUCUGUGCAGGCUCGAGGGAGGGCACGUGCCAAGGACGCAGAGUGCUACCUCCUAGUUACUGCAGGUUCUACCAAUGAGAAGAGAGAACUGGAGAACCAAGAAAAGGAGAAGUUCAUGAUGGAGGCACUGGAAGAAAUGGACAAGCUAACCGAGGUGGACUUUGACACCAGAGUCAAAGCAGAACAGAGAAUACAGUUGGAGAACUGGAAAGCAAGGCUGAGGAACAAAUCUACAAGAAGCAGUGCCUUUGAAGCAAAAGAUGUGAAGGUGUACUGUGAACAGUGUAACCACAAAGUCUGUGACGGCACUCAGAUCAUACGCAAAGGUUCCAACUACAUCUGUAGGGAGCCAUCUCUUCCUGAGAAGUGUGAGAUAGUCUACAGGACUCGACCACAAGUAUAUCGGACCACAGACACUUUGGGUGUUAUCAAAUGCGGCAACCCAACCUGUGAUAAUCAGUACGGUCCAAUCAUCAAGUACAAGAAAGGACAGGUGGAGACUGGCUAUGGGAUGAAUGUGAGCAGCUUCAUGUUUGACUUUGGUGACGGACAGCUCAGACCCAUCUCUAAGUGGUCCAAGGCACCAUUCCCCAUCACUGAGGAACCUUAUGUAUAAAACAAUAACUGUAAAUCACUUUAUGAUUGCGGUGGCAAAAGUUCGCUGUCUGAGAAAAAUUGGGCAACCAUGUUUGCAGAACUAUACGUUCGUAGGUGCAGCAAAACAAAGUUGGCGAAUUUUUGUUCACAGUAAUAAGUUUGUGGUACAGAAGUGACUUCAAAAACUGUGAAUAUAAAAGUACCACAGAAUACACGUAAAUCAUUAUUUACAAUAUCUACCCGACAUCUACUUGAAAGAGGAAAAGAGAGUUCACAGUACCUGUCACUGUUUCAAUUUCAAUGGAAAAAUGGUCAUAGCAAGUUUAUUGUCACAUGUCCAACCCUCGAGCAACGAGGACCACAAGACAUUAAAGAGAUAGUGAGUGAGUGGGUGUAUGCUGCAUUGAUAGGAAAUUUUAUUGCACCUAAAUUAUGGAAGGAAGAACCAAGGAAAAUCAUGAGGAAAAAUACUGACCGGCUUAAAUGAGAGCUCAAGACGUUUACCCCAAAAAAAAUCAGAAAGAAAAAUUGAAAAAUUGUUCGGUCAUUUCAUGCAUUAUCCAAUACUUCCUAAGACAUCCCCAUGAAGCUGAAUUUUUAAUUUUUUGGCUCUUGUUGAUUAUUCAAGUUUUCAGUUUUUCACUUUGUGCAAUUCUUGGCCACUGCCACCCUCUGUUAAUGUUACGUUCCUCUGGCUUUGUAUUCACCAGAUUAUGUUUCCAUACUUAAAGUAGGUAGCAUUACAUUCUUAGUACUAGUAUAUUGUAAGUCAAGUAUACCUAAAGCAUCAAGUGCUAUUGACAAUCAUUUCAUCUGGCUAUUGUUUCUUCAACACGUAAGUGCCUUUGGUGUAAUUUUUUUGUUUAAUUGUUUAAUGGUUUUUUGUCUAAUGUUCCUAAAACGUUGCAAGGUAGAUGCAUUUGAAUUGUAAAUUUUUUUUUUAUUUUACUAGGCUAAAUGGUAAAUUUUACAAAGUUUUAAAAGUUGAAUGCUGUUUAACAGCAUCAAAAGAUAUCACAUGAGAUAUAAACCAUUUAGAGGAAUGUAGUGAUUUUAUAUGCAAAAGGUUUUAAUCUUAGUGUAUGUAUUCUGGACUGUAUGCAAAAAAAUGCUGUCUGAGACAGUUCAUUUUGCACUGUAUCUAUAUCAAUGUAAAAUUAUGAAUUCUAAAUAGUUAUUGGGCAAAGCCUUGUACUUAUUAUAGAUAAAAAUUAUGCGCAAUCCUCAAUGUAUUUCUUUUAAUUAUAUGCUGCUACAGUAAAUAAUCACAUUGACUGGAUCAUAUCUUUUGGAAAUGUUACAUGACAAAUUAUCCAAUGUGUAUGUUGAAAAUGAAACACAAUUUUAGUCGUACUUUGUCCUGCUAUGUAUCAUUGAAAAGGCAAAGCC